AUGCUGACUGAAGACAUCGACCAUCCAUUCACAGGAUUUCAUGAUUUCUCGAUCCUCAUCCUCAAUCGAGCUCUAGCUUUCUUCGCCGAUGGCAUUGCUCAUCCAUUGCCAGAAAAGAGUGGGUCUCAAGCCUUGCUAGAAGAGCUUGGCAACGAUCACUGUGUAGAGAUACAGUCUAGGUUACUCUCUGUGGCCUCCCACUCAUCACCCUUGGAGGAUAUCGUUCAGCUCAUUCCUGCUGGUGUCAUUAUCUUCGAACACUCUUUCUACAUUUUUGACAAGCGGCGCUAUCUUCAGGACAAGAAGGAGUCUGAUCCCUUGUUUCAUGUCACUCUCGAGCAGUACAUGACAUCCCCACAUGCAGCUACUGUCAGGGAAGCUGUGAGUGCUGCCGUCCAGGCAUAUGAAGAAGCUAUGAGGACUGCCAUCUAUCCAUAUCAAGGAAAACUGCCUUCUUGGAUAAAGAAGUUGCCGUUUGAAUCUUUCAAGAGGAAGGCAAAAGAAAAAGAAUCUGCGAAGGCAGAGUUCAUCGAAGCUGUUCUUGAAAUUGCUCUAAAUCAUCGUCUGCAUAUGUUUCACCGUCACAUUGAGGCAGCACUCCUGCUGAUCCGCUUGUUUUCAGCUAGACCUUAAUGUUGCGCAGUGCAACACAUCAUCAUGAUCAAUGAUGCUUCAGAGAGGAGAGGAGUGGAAGUGUCUGGGCUGUGAAGGUUUCUUGUAAUGUUUGUUGGGGUAGAUUCAGGAUGUGGAACUGUAUUUGUAUGAUCAUGCGAU